CUUCCAUCCUUCCAUCCUUCUAUUCUUGCUUCCAUUCCUGGGCCCUGGCCUCUUAUUGGCUGUGAAUGUGCUCUGCUCCUAUUGGCUGACAGCAGUAUAAAUACAGGGGCCGGACGCUCCACUCAGUCACACACAUAUAUAUAUACAUACAUACAUACACACACAUACAUACAUACAUACAUACAUACAUACAUACUCCGUUCACACGCAAACGCAAUGUAUUUUGCGGUGUUUUAAUCUCACGGUGUAAAAAAAAAUAUCAAACAAAUCAAAACGUGCAGAUUUUCCAUUCCCCCGAGCCUCCUGUCAGCUGCUGGCCUCGGUCAUGCGGAUCUCUCUCCUCUUCCUCUGGACCGGCUGGAUCCUGACUCUUCACACCGCAGCUCCGCGGCGUCCGCCCCGGGCGGAGGGAGGCGCGCGGCCCGGCGCGGCCCCGGCGGCGCGGCCCGGCGCCGGGGAGCAGCUCCGAGGAGGCCGCGGGAGAGCAGCUCCGACCGGUCCUCACGUCUGUGGACGUCAGUGUUGUCCUGGAUGGACGUCGUCUCCACAGACCAGGACCUGCACCAUACCCAGAUGUUUUCCUCGCUGUCACAACGGAGCACUGUGCCGGCGGCCCGAUCGCUGCAUUUGCCGGCGAGGUUUCCGCGGCUCUCGCUGCCAGUUUUCCGCGGUGAUGGGGUCUGUGCCGGGACGACCUCUGACCUCCAUCCAUCCCACCACCACCGCCGCCGUCGUCCGGCGCCUGGAUACCAGAGGUGUCCCCGAGAGGCUCCGGGUGCACGAGGUGGAGAUGAAGGCCACAGCUGAGGAAACGCUGACACAGGCCGAGUCUAAACCCGAGUUUAACGACCUCCGACUCCAGACGAGAGACGGCGGAGAGGCCUCCGUCACCUGGAGGGUGAAGACUGAGGACGUUCCUCCUCGGACUCUCCAGACGGUGUCAGGUUCUGAGAGCGAAGGUGAAAGUGUGGACCAACAGUCUGACGCAGCAGCUGAGCACCUGCAGUCGGACCCGGGUCGGAGGUCGGAGGCUGGAGAGACGAGGAGGACGGAGGAGGAGGAGGUGAAGAAGCAGCAGCAGCCGCUGAGUCUGCGGGAGGCCCAGGCGGUGCUGCUGAGGAAGACUCUGUCAAGGAGAGGAAGAGGGGACAAGAUGGCCGCCCUGCUGAUGAAGCACAUAGAGAAGGAGAGGAAGAAACUUGUCAGCGCGGCCUCCUCUUCCAACUCGUCAUCGUCCUCAUCGGUGAAAACCAGUGGGAAGAGUUUCCACACUCAGAAGGGCCAGUACACCGUCCACCUCACCACACCCACAGCUGUGCAGAGAUCUGACCUGAGAACAGUCGGCCUCCUGUGGAAAACUGAUGGAUGAGUGAUUGACGUCUGAGAAUGAAGGGAUGACUAGAUCAGACCUGAGAUCAGCUGAUGAUGUCAUGAAUCAUGCAGAUACCCAUGUUGCUGUUGCCGAACACACUUGAGACACGGAGCCAGAAAGAAUCCGUCAAAUGUUCUGGUGCGGAUCUGGACAAAGAGGCGGGGCCAGGAAAGCAGCUCUGUGUGACUGACAUGAGACCGUUUGAUUUCACGAUGAAUCAAUCAUGACAUGAAUGACAUCAUUGUUGUAGUUAUGUGCUGACACGUAGUGUGUGUGUGUGUGUGUGUGUGUGUGUGUGUCGGGACAUGAGCUCAUAGACAAACAGCAGCAGGAACAACCAGCCUUUAUUCCCCCAAAAGCAGCCCGGCCCUCAGCACUGCUGGGGCCCCUGAGCAGGGCCCCGUACUGUGGUAUCUCGAAGUGCACGGACGAUUGUUUCACUUCUUCUCCUGAGGUGUUAUACAAACCUGCAGUGGUGUUUUACAUGUUUUAGUACUACUGCAGUAGUGUUUUACAUGUAUUUUACAUGUUUUAGUACUACUGCAGUAGU